AUGCCGCCCCGUCGAUCACACGCGAAGUCACGCCGGGGAUGCAUCAAUUGCAAGAGUCGACAUAUCAAAUGCGACGAAGGGGGUCCACCGUGUGAGCGUUGUAAGCUACGUGGGACACCCUGUGAGUAUACAAGCAUUGGACCGGUUCCCAAGAUCUCUUCACCCUCCGAAGCUCAGAAAGGGUCUGCCCUCGAUGCCGUAUCAUCGAGGGUCACUCAAGUGCGGCUGCCGGCAGAUCGUCGACUGUUAGAACUUCAAUUGAUGCAUCGCUGGUCAACAGGAACUUACAAGAGCUGCGUGACCCCUCAAGUCAAUGAUGGGGAACUGUGGCAGCAGAAAGUCCCAGCUUUGGCGGUUCAGUAUGACUUCUUGUUGAAUGGACUUUUAGCUCUUUCGGCAUACGAUUGUGCCAGGGCGGCGAUAGAGGCGGAGUCGGAACAAUACGUCAACUCUGCAGUUGAGUAUCAUGCACUGGCGCUUGGGUCUUUCCGAUCAUACGUUCCACGGAUUGAUUCAGAAAGCCACGAAGCGGCUUUCGCCUGCUCGUUGAUAUUAAUGAUACUGGCGAUUGCGUCUGCUCAAUUUGCGUCGACGCCGGGGGUAGGGAUCUCACAUGACAUGGUACAGAACGCGAUUGUUCAUUUUGAGAUGCUUCGAGGGUGCGUUCCGAUAUUGGACAUCAACGUAGAUUUGCUGUUGAGCAACCCCCAGAUCCAAAAGUUGGUGCCGUGGGAAGAUCUACCUCGCACGAUGGUCGAUGGCCCAACAAGAACAGCUUUUGGACAUUUAAGAGACUUCAAUGACAAGAAGAUAGUUGCAGCCCGAGACAAACCAGGCGAAUACAAUAUUGGUCAAAUUGCGCACUGGGAGAUCUGCAAAAAGGCAAUAUCGAUGCUCACCGAGUGUUUUGAGAAAUGUGUGGAUGACCUGUCGCGAGGAUACGCUCUCGGCUGGCUGAAUGUUGCUGGAGAGGAUUACAUCAAGGCUCUGAAAGAUGAGGACAAUGCCGCACUCCUGGUGUUGAUGUUCUGGGGUGUGCUCGUUGACAAGCUCGGGCAUCAGGUGUGGUGGGCGGAAAAGUUUGGCAGCCUGUUGGUGAGCGAGAUAUCGAAUCGAGUUCUGACUGUCAAUGAUGACAAAGAGACACAAGACAUGAUCGCAUGGGCACGUGGGAAUGUCUCUUCGGGCCAUCAAGAACAGACCUGA